AUGCCAGCCGAUUCUCCAUACGACAAGCCCAAGGCGGCCGUACUAAAGCGAACAAGCUCGCCAGAUGAAGCUGGUCUGCAGCAAUUGUUGACUGGUGCAGAAUUAGGCAACCGCACUCCGUCUCAGCUCGUGCGUUAUAUGCCUUGGCUUGAUGCACAACAUCGGGUUAGUGAAGCAUCACUUCGGCAGCUGUGGACCAACCGACUACCUGCUGAAACCAGAGCCAUCUUGUCAGUAGAAGCUGCCAAAGCCCCACUGGAGAAGCUGUCCGAAACAGUGAGCAAAAUACACACUUACCACGUCCGAUCAGCUCGGCGGUCUUACUUAGAAGUUGCAUGGGAUAAAACUUCAGACCGACGCUCUCAGCCGCCCGAAAACGUGCCACCAAUCACAAUCCUGGUCCACUUCCAGCUCCGAACGCACAGCCAACGAAAUCGAAGAUAA